AUGACUCACGACCAUGUGCCGAGCGAGUCGCCAGGCGAGGGCCUCAGCCGCUACCAGUGCCCCGACUGCACCUCGACCUUCAGCAGACGGCAGAACCUCCAGCGGCACCGCAGAACCCCUGCCGCGAGCAGUUCACACGGACGUACGUUCAGGGCUAUCCACCGUAUUUGCGUUCAGGCACUCACGAACCGGAUCCUCCAGCGACCUUCUCCAGAGGCACAUCCACCAACACCAUCGCGGCCUUGUGCUGGCCCCACCGCCGCCUCGGGCAUGCAAGGCAUGCGCUUCCUCCAAGAUGCGAUGCGACCGGGAGUCUCCGUGCUCCCGGUGCCGAGCAAAGGGACUUCGAUGCGAGCCUCAAUCUACUUCUUCCGCAACGGCAGUCUAUCGCCUCCACCGGAGACGCGGCCGCAGCCACUCCCUGACUCGCAAACACCAAUGCAAUCGGACCUCAUGAACCCCAUGUCUGCAGACCAGGCCAUGUCCGUCGAUCUUCCUGAUCUCAGUUUCUUUGCCGCGAACCCUCCACCGCUUGGCGAUUUCCCAGUAAACUUGAGCGAUUUUCUCGGCUUUGAUCCUCUGCUCGGUUUCAGCACGGCCUUCGCGGAGGGACCAGCGAAUCCUUGGCCUGCUGCACCCAUGGCUGUCCCGCUACCCUCGAUGGGAUCCGCUACGCACCACUCGCCGCUCUCGGACUUAAGCUCGAGUGGAAGGUCCAUGCCCGACUCGAUGAGCCCCUCAGGCGAGAUUUGCCCGACUCUGGAGAUGCUCUCGUCGACGUAUUGGCCCAGCAGUGAUUCAGAGUACCAUGCUUCAUCGGCCCCUAGCUCAGGGCGGUCGAGUCCUGCCCCGCGAAAUAUGCAACUGCCCACAGUCUCGACGUGCAGGAACGAUCCUGCAAGCUUCUUCACGCCCGCGAUGCGUGCUCGGUACCCGGCGCUCUACGCAGGCCAUUUCGAGCGACACUGGCCUCUUCUUGGCCUACAUUCGGUCGAUCUCAACACGCUGCAUCCUGCCCUGGGCGUUGCGGUCUGCUGUGUGGGUGCAAUGUACGACGGGGUGCCUGCCCACCGUCGCCUGGCCACUGCCGUAAUGCUCGUCCAGCGCACAGCACUCAUCACUAAGCUGUCCACUCACCGGCUAGACGAGGCGGAGGCGCUCGCGAUGCUGCAGGCGCUAUUCCUGUACCAGCUCCUCGGCGCGUUCCAGCACGAGAAGAACUACCGCGAUCUCACCAACGUCUUCCACGGCUCCUUAGUCCAGCUCGUCCGCCGGUAUUGCGUCCUUGAGCCGUCCGUCUCAGCGCCGCCAGGCCAGGCGACGGCCCGCGCGCGCCUCGCGCACGGCGUCUUCUUCCUCGACGCGCUGCAGCCGAUCCUCGCGGGGACACCCGCGCUGCUGAGCAUCGACGAGCUGCGCGGCGGCACGCCGUCGCCCCCUGCGCUCUUCCGGCGGCUCAUGGACAUGCGCGGGGGCCCGGCGGCGAUCCCCGACGCGCCGGCCGCGCUCACCCUCAUCCUCGCGCUGCUCGGGCGCGUGCUCGAGCUCCUGCGCCUCCGCCAGAGCGCAGACGCGCUGUGCGCGGAGGGCGGGGCCACAUCGGACGCGCUGGACGCGGCGCUCGUGCAGAGAGCACGCGGGCUCGGGGCGGCGCUCCGUCGCUGGAAGGAUGCGUGGGACGCGCUCGACCCGGCGCAUGGGGCGGGCGCGCCGGUGCCUGCGUGCGAGAACGCGAUGCCGAUCUACAUGAUCGUGCUGACGCUGAUCGCCCAUGCUGGCGGGAGUGCGCCGUGGACCCCUCCAGGUCAGUAUAACCCGGAGGAGCGCGCGGGCGGUCCGUUCGCGCAGUUCUGCCGCUCGUUCCGUACGUUCUUGAACGAGGCGGAGUGGUCGGGCCUGACGUGGCUCUUCCCGCCGUUCCAUGUGAGUUGA